UGGUGCCCGCCUGUAAUCCCAACCUGUGUUUAAGGCCAUCCUCCGCUACGUAUUAAGUUUGAAGCCAGCCUGGGCUACGUGUGGCCCCGUCUCAAAAACUGAAUGAAAUAAAUAAACGAUAAGAGACCCACGGGUCAGCGUGAGACCCCGACCGAGUGAAGAGGUCUUGACUUCAGCUCCCUUGACUCCUUCUAGGUAAUUCCUUGCCUGAGGCCUGUUACCCUUGAAGAAUGGCAGAGGCAGUCUUCCGUGCCCCGAAGAGGAAAAGAAGAGUGUAUGAGAGUUACGAGUCACCACUGCCCAUCCCCUUCGGUCAGGACCAAGGUCCCAGGAAGGAAUUCCGAAUAUUCCGAGCUGAAAUGAUUAGCAACAGUGUGGUGGUCAGGGGCGUGGAGGACAUGGAGCAGCUGUAUGGAAAGGGCUACUUUGGAAAAGGCAUUCUUUCAAGAAGCCGUCCGAACUUCACAAUCUCCAAUCCCAAGCUGGCUGCCAGAUGGAAAGGUGUGCCCACAGACAUGCCCAUAAUCACCUCAGAGAAGUUUCAGCAUCGAGUGGAAUGGGCCACGGAUUUCAUGCGUAGACAGGGCCACGAUGAGAGCACCGUGCAGAAGACCCUCACAGACUACAUAGAACCACUUGAACUUCCUUGCAGAAACGGGGAAGAGGAGGCCCCACGGCAUGACCCGCUGAGUUCUGAGGCCGGCUCCUCCCUGGAAGGCAGAGUGGGAAAGGGUGAACUCUUGGUGACCACUGGAGGUGCUGGACAGUCAGAUGACCUGCAGGGUCUUAACACACACUCAAAGGACGGCCUGCAGGAGGGGCCUGGCCACACCACACUCACUGUGGCUAGUCCAUCUAGCCUUAAUGGACAUGUGACAGAGGACACCACAGUUCUGCUCCAGGUCCCCAGCCACAGGCAGGAAGUCUUCGUUCCUCAGGAUGGCCUGUGGCCUGAAGACAGCAGCCAGGCAGCAGGAGAGAAACGGGCUGCUCAUGAGUAUGUCCUCGUAGAGGAAGAGCUGUGUGAUGUCCAGGAGGAGGAGGAGGCCCCAGAUGAGAAGUUGCUGCAAAGAAAGAGACUGGUGUGCAGAAGAAAUCCAUACAGGAUCUUUGAGUAUCUGCAGCUCAGCCUAGAAGAGGCUUUCUUCCUGGCCUACGCCCUGGGAUGUUUAAGUAUUUACUAUGAGAAGGAACCUUUAACAAUAGUGAAGCUCUGGCAAGCCUUCACUGCCGUCCAGCCCACCUUCAGGACUACCUACAUGGCCUACCACUACUUCCGAAGCAAAGGCUGGGUACCCAAAGUGGGGCUCAAGUAUGGAACAGAUCUGUUGCUGUAUCGGAAAGGCCCCCCAUUUUACCACGCAAGCUAUUCUGUCAUCGUUGAACUCGUGGACGACAACUUUGAGGGGUCCCUCCGCAGACCUUUCAGCUGGAAGUCGCUGGCCGCCUUGAGCAGAGUCUCAGGGAACGUCUCUAAGGAGCUGAUGCUGUGCUACCUGAUUAAACCCUCUACCAUGACUAGCGAAGACAUGGAGAGCCCAGAAUGCAUGAAGAGGAUUCAAGUUCAGGAGGUGAUUCUCAGCCGAUGGGUUUCUUCACGUGAGAGAAGUGACCAAGAUGAGCUUUGACCUUUCAACCUCGGAGUCUACCAUUCACCAUAAACUCUGAAGGAGCAUCAGCAUGUUUGGGGGUCAUAGCCCCAUGUUCUGUUGCUUUAAAUGGAAAAUCUUCUCCUGUGGCUCAGCUCACCCAAGAACUUGAACCAGUAAUCCAAAUAACUGAAAAAUCAAUGAUGGUCUGGAAGCCUUGAAAUACUGAGUGACUGAUGCAUUCUCA